AUGUCAGUAUAUCCAAACAGCUCUAUCGUCCAAGAAAGUGAGAGGGAAUAUCACCCUUAUCAUCAGUAUGGAGACGUAUUGUUCGUUUCGAAUGAAAGUCUAUAUUUCAAAACGGAUGGAAGGAGACUUGCAAAAGAAAGAUUGAUGGAUCAACCUAAGACGAUCCCUUGGAGGGCACUUGUCAUCGCUUCCCAUAGGGAUGAUCGUAAAUUAGGAGCAAAAGCUUUAAGAUCGAUGGAAAGGGAUACCUUCCUGAGAGACCCCGAUUGGAGAGGUAAGAUAUGGGAUUUAGUACUGGAGGACAACACCACGAACGCGACUGUUACAAGGAUGGUACCUCGCAAGUGGAAGAACAGAAGGAGAAUUUGGCAUACCGAUUCUCAUGCUGAAGUCACAAAGGAGAGAGUGUCGCCAUUUAGAGAUGAUUGGAAUGAUUUUGCGAAUAGGUUUCAGCAAGAUGAUUGGUGA